AUGAGUAGGCCUCAAGGCGGACGCAUCCAAGUCCCAGAUGACCUACGAGAAAUCUUGUUGGAAUUCACUAUAAGUUACCUGUUGGAACAGCCAGGGGAUGUUAUCAACUACGCAGUCGAAUUCUUCACUAGGUUACAAAACAAUCGGACCACAACCAUAGUCCGUGGCCCUUCAGCGGGCACACCCGAUGAGUCUAUAAUAUCAGAUGAAGAAGAGCCGCCCGUGGCGCGCUUCAACAAUCGACGCAAGUCCGUUUUUGCUGAAACAUAUGAUCCCGAAGAAGAUGACUCUGAUGAGGGUGCUCCGGCAGUGUUCCCCAAGUCCGAUGCUCAACGGGCACGUCUCGCUGAAGCCGUGCGCGGAAUUCUUCUAUUCCGCUCUCUCGAUGCUCAACAGAUGCAGCAGGUGCUAGACGCAAUGUUUGAAAAGCGCUCCGAGCCCGGCGAGUACGUGAUCCGACAAGGGGACGAUGGCGAUAACUUUUACGUCAUCGAAAACGGGGUCUUUGACGUACUCGUCACGGGCGAUGAUGGAGUUGAAAAGGUGGUACACACAUACGAAGGCUCAGGCUCAUUCGGGGAGUUGGCCCUCAUGUACAACAUGCCUCGGGCCGCGUCAGUGCGGGCGCAGAGUCCUGGAGCCCUGUGGGCCAUGGACAGGCACACCUUCCGUCGCAUCCUGCUCAAGAGCGCCUUCAAGAAGCGCAAGCUUUACGAAGAACUGCUCGACAAAGUGCCCAUACUUAAGGCUCUACAGCCAUAUGAGCGAGCCAACCUCGCCGAUGCCCUUCUUCCACGCACUUUAAUCGAUGGUGAGCUGAUCAUCCGCCAAGGAGACACGGCGGAUGGCAUGUACUUCGUCGAGGAUGGCUCCAUCAGCAUCCGCAUCGCUCGUGAUGAUGGAAACGAGCAUGAGAUUAAGCGUCUGGGCAAAGGAGACUACUUUGGCGAGCUGGCUCUGGUCACUCACAAGCCGCGUGCUGCCUCCGCAUACGCCAUUGGACCCACCAAGGUUGCUUUUCUGGACGUCGAAACCUUCGAGCGUCUCCUCGGGCCCUGCAUGGAGAUCAUGAAGCGCAACAUCGACGACUACGAGGAGCAGCUGGUCAAGCUCUUCGGAGACAAGAGCAACCUCACCGACGUGCGAUGA